GUGGGGUAAGCCGAAGUCUACACCUACACGGCUAUAAAUAGGGAGACUCUGAGGACUGCUCACUCAGCCUCCCGCCCCCAGCUGUGACAGCACCGGAGCCUCUCGGACGCCUGGACCAUGGACCCCAGGGAAUGCUCCUGCAUGUCUGAAGGAAUCUGCCUCUGUGGAGACAACUGCAAAUGUACAACUUGCAACUGUAAAACAUGUCGAAAAAGCUGCUGUCCCUGCUGCCCACCAGGCUGUGCCAAGUGUGCCCGGGGCUGCGUCUGCAAAGGGGGCUCGGACAAGUGCAGCUGCUGCCCCUGAAACGCAUCCAUCGUGCUGGGGGCGAGGCCUGGGAAGCAUCUGUACAGUGUAUUAGUCAAGAAGUCAGAAUGAUUGUACAAUAGGUUGUGCUUUUUAUAUAUUUGCUGUUUGGUGACAGUCAUGUAAAGUGCUUGGAGCAAUAAAGUUGUCACUCGUG